UGUCCUCACGAAAUGCAUUUCCCUCGUGAACGCCCAUAUCUUGGCGAUAAUCGUCCCUGCACUCCCUUGCGCUAUCGCCCGUUCAAAGGGUGGUGGUUCCAUGGCUUUCUAGAUUAUCCACCACACCCGCAAGACAGUUUCCAACUGGAGGCUGGAACAACAGCCGUAGUCGAGACUGUGUGCAAUAAGGAUGCAUCGAGUUACUGGGAGUCAGGCAAUGGAAAAUUCACCCAGACAGGAAAUAUGAAUUCCCCAUGCCCUGGCCACCCGCCGAGGCAAUACCAUACGACGGUAAAAAUGAUACAGGGGGUUGUGCCCUUUCGAUUGUGUACGAAUCGGACGUAAACAAAGUCCAACCCGAGGACUUUGUCGUUUUUUCUAUCCAACAAAUAUGUGUGUGGUACCGUUUCAGUCACUUCGACGUUCCUGCGCAUAUGCCGCACUGCCCCCAUGGAAAGUGUAUUUGCCAGUGGACCUGGCAACAUCGUGCUGAUUCGGGAACUGAACAAAGAGGUACUUCCCCGAAACGUCUUGCCAAGCCCAAGGUCCCUCGUCUCUGUGGCGGCGAUCCUGACAGGCAUAUACCUCCUAAUCCAAAGGACUGCGUGUCGGGAGCAAAGCAACCGUUCUAUUGGCUCCAACUCGAACGUAAUAACAUGCCGAACCCGAGCACCAUCCACCCCUCUAUAACGAUAGGUAUAAUUUCAAGCAAGGCGCACAAAAUGACAUCUUUGAGGAUGGCCCACCGAUGCUCUUUCCCGCGUCGAACGCCACGUCGACGAGCCAGGCGAAGCCCAUGUCUACUCCGUCUACUAGGACUACAACCCCGAAGACGAAGGGUGGACCGAGACACUCUCCGUCUACCGCCCCUAAACACACUCCAACUUCUCACUGGUACGUACCCACUGCUCUGCUUGUCAUUGGCCUGGAGGAAUGACUUGGCCUUUUUUCAUUAACUGUUGCAGCGAGAACAAGCGUACCGAGGCUCUCGAGGCUAGGGGACGCCCAGGUGUGGAUGCCCACCGAAACUUAUCCGCAAGCAUGGUCACCAUGUCGAGGGAGAUGCUUUCUAGACUGCUUUUUGGCCAAUCUAUAUCCUUUAUUGCUCUUGCGCAAACUUUUGGACAGGGUCCACAGCUCUGCGUACUUUCUUUUUUGUUGUCACGCGUCGGUUGAUACCAGCGUACCAUUCAAGCAAAUGAAUGGUCUUUUCUUUUCCCGCGCUUACGUUUAUAUAAUUUAUCGUUGUUCUGGCAGCUUUUCACGCAAG